AAAAAUCAGCUGUGUACGAAAACAUUACAAAAGAAGUUCUUAUUUUAUUCUUUGCAAUUGGUUUAACGUUAUAAAUUGUAAAAAUUCUGCGCAAAAUUAAGGCCGCACUCCAUCGCAAAAGGAAAUCCCGACAAAAACAACUGCCAGCUCCCGUAUCAGACAACGGAAAUCCAUCAUCGCUAGACCAGAUUCAGCAGGCACAGUGUCAGCAAAGCUGUAGCAAGUACAGUGGCGAGGAUAGCAUCGAGAAAGCCAUGGAAAGCAAUUUAAAUCGAAUGAUUAAUCAGUCAUUGCGCCAUCCGCUUAGCGGCCAGCUCAGCAAAUAUACAAAUGUUAUGAAAGGCUGGCAGUAUCGAUGGUUUACGGUGGACGCAAAGACGGGAUUCCUCAGCUAUUAUCUUUGCGACUCGUCAGCGGUGGGCGAUGAUAUUGCUCCCUCGCCACAUGUACUGGCAAGCGCACCUCGCGGUCAAGUGCAGCUGGCUGGCGCUUCUGUCUAUCCGAGUGACGAGGACUCACGCACAUUUUCUAUAGCGUGCGCCAACAGUGAGACAAUCAAGUUACGUGCCAGCGAUGCGCGUGCACGACAAGAAUGGGUUGAUGGACUACGCGCCGUUGUCGAGAGUCAUAGCAAGGCCAUGGACAUAAGCAACUCUUCGCCUCUGCCGCCUGUCGAGAUACUAGCUGCAUCUGAUGCUAUGGUCUCUGCACGCCAGGCCUUGUUCCUUACCGAACAGUGCAAUGCUUCGUUGGCACGCGCCAUUGAGAACAUCGACUGCGCUUCCUUCACGCCCACGGACCCGGACCUCUUACUGCUCAAAGCCAUCUCAACCGCCAGCACUCAAUGCUUACACCAGUGUCUUAGCCUACUACAGCGCCAUCAAGAAAUCAAUCAGCCGCCAGCCGAAAUCGCCCAACCAAGUAUAAGCUUGGCAUUGCAAUAGCUCGGUCUACUACAGUGAACCCUAACUAAGUUGUG